CUUUUCUAAGUUCUUUGACCUUAAUAAAUGGGCAGCUCGAUGAUAUUGUUUUAAUAAAUACAUACAUUGCGCCAGCCAGUAAACAUCCCUUGGAUUUCCAGUUAAGGCAACCACUUUGUCAGCCCAAAAUAAAGCAGAUUUAUACGCAUGCUAACAAAAAUCGCUUUUAAUACAGUAUUUAUUAAUGUAAUGUUAUAAUCUUACCAAAUUUAUGUAAGUUUGUACUAUUUUGCGAUAGCUAUCAAUAUUUACAUUCGUAUUUAGAGUCUUCAUGAUUAUUUUUUAAAUUAGUUUGACAUUUCUUGUUCACUUCUUCUUCUGCGAUCUGAAAACGUCUCCGUUUUCAGGGGGGAUAGCCUUUAGCUUAGUUAAAAGCUAUUUGGCCAGCCUGUUCACUUUCUUCUUCUUCUUCUUUGAUCUGAAAAAACGUCUCCGUUUCUUCAGGGGGGUAUAGCCUUUAGCUUAGUUAAAUACUAUUUGGCCAUUUUAGAACUACAAAAAAUCAUACUAACCUUACUUUUCAAAUUUUGGUGUCGUAUACAGGGUGCUAUCAAUAGGUUGAUACGAGGGUACAAUAAAAAUACACAGUGAGGUCGCUAAUGGAGAAUUUAUUAGUAUUAGUAGUAUCAGACGGACCAUCUUCGAAAUGUUCAGGGUACAAACAUUUUCAAUUUACAAAAGAAAUGCAGGAACAUAUUGUUCUUGUGCAUAAUGAUAUAAGGGAAAAAGUUGCCUCUGGAGAAGAAAAUCAGGGUUUAUUAGGGGGGCAACCUUCUGCUUCAAACAUGCAAAAACUUGAAUGGGAUGAAGAAUUAGCCACUAUAGCACAAAGAUGGACAGAUCAAUGCGUUCAAUUUAAUGAGAAUCAGCACGAUAUUUAUAAAGAUACAAGGCGAUUUGAAGUGGGUCAAAACAUUAUUACAGCAACGACGAAAAGUACUUCACCACCUGACAUAGUAUUGCUUGUAAUGAACUGGUACAAACAGGUCCAAUAUGUGUUUCCUUCUGAUAUAGACAAAUUCACCACGGUGUACAGGGGAGGUCACAUGUUAGGCCAAUACAGCCAAAUGGUAUGGGCUAAGUCUCACUACGUUGGAUGCGGGAUGGCUCGUUACAAAAAGUUGACGGUGGAAAAUAAAGAUACAGACUUCUAUUUAUACAGAUUGGUUUGUAAUUAUGGACCCACAGGCAAUGUUUAUGGAGAACAAAUGUACCUGAGAGGCAGACCUUGCUCAAGAUGUGCUCAAAAGCAAUGCGAUGAAAAGUGGACCAGUCUUUGUGACCGGCGCUCAAGUUUUAACAUUCUUAACCGUUACAAUAUAUUGAUGGACUUUCCUAGUGAAUAUGAAGUUCAAGGAGAACCAGAGCAGGAAAACACAUAUUACUUUAAUCCAGACGAAACCCAAUUGUUUAAACAAAAAACCGGCCAUCUGUUGGAGGAUUUGGUUAUUAAUAAUAUAAACGAAGAACAACUUAAUAUAACUGAAAAAAUGAAUGAUUUUUACCAUGUAAUUUCCCCGAAUAAACCACAAGUGCAUAAUGUGGUUAAAGAUAUUGAGGAUGAGCUGCAAUUUAAUAUCCCAACUGAGGGCUUUACUGUCAAAACUACUACAAGCAAGUUUAAUUUUGUAAGAUAUAAAUAA